CUCAGCGAAUGCCACGUCUGUCUGACGUUGUCUGUGUGGAUACGCUUCCUGAUGCUGGCCCCACUCUGGUUAAGGCUAGCAAGCUCACCCGCUUCAUUUUCACUGUUUUGGGACAAAACAAGUGACAUUCGUUGUGUUCGAGUUGCAAUCUCCAGACUAACUUGCCUCGGACAGUUAAGCGGUGGGAGCUGAACAGGUCAGACUGUACCAUGAACGGCCAGCUGGACCUGAGCGGGAAGCUGAUCAUCAAAGCCCAGCUGGGCGACGACAUCAGGCGCAUCCCUAUCCACAAUGAAGACAUCACAUAUGAUGAGCUUGUCCUGAUGAUGCAGCGAGUCUUCCGGGGCAAGUUCCAGAGUAACGAUGAAGUUACCAUCAAAUAUAAGGAUGAGGACGAUGACCUCAUUACCAUCUUCGACAGCUCUGACCUCUCUUUUGCCAUCCAGUGUAGUAGAAUACUGAAACUGACCUUGUUUGUUAAUGGUCAGCCUCGGCCUUUGGAGUCCAGCCAGGUGAAGUACCUACGCAGGGAGCUGAUUGAGCUCAGGAAUAAAGUCAACAACCUCUUGGAUAGUUUGGAGCCGCCCUCAGAGCCUGGCUUAGCUGCUACAGCACCAGAGAGUGAAGCAGUUGAUGGACGCGAAGGCAAAGUAGUGACGGGAGAACCCACAGGGAAACAGGCCACUCCAGUCAGUGCAGCCAGCAUGUCGGCAUUUGAUCCAUUAAAAAACCAGGAUGAGGUCAACAAGAAUGUCAUCUCUGCUUUUGGUCUGAGUGAGGACCAGGCCCAAGCACCCCCACCAGUUGCACCGGACGAGCGCUCAGGAACUCCUGACAGCAUUGCCUCCUCCUCAUCAGCUGCCCAACAGCCAGGAAUGCCCCCCCAACCACAGCCUCCCUAUCCUGGAGUCCAGCAGGGACCCUCAGCCGGCAUGGAUGGUCAAGUGUACCAGCCAUACCAAGCUCAAGGUGGAUACCAACAACCAGGUGCUCCACCUCAGCAGCAGUAUGGUAUGCAGUAUCCUGCUGGGUAUAGCCCUCAGCCUGGAGCUCCUCAGCCUGGCCCUCCACAACAACAACAACAGCCACAGCAGCAGUUUCAGAACUACCCCCCUCCAACCUCCCAGGCUCCUGCCCCAGGUCCAGCUCCAGCCCCAGCUCCAGGCUUCCAAGGUGGCCAGCAAGCGCCCCAUCCAUCUCAGGGAGCCCAACAGUAUCCACCAGGAGCGUUUCCUCCCCAAAACUAUUCAUCCCAGGCCCCUCAGCCUGCUAACUACAACCUGCCACCCAACUCUCAGCCUGGAUCAGCAGGAUAUCAACCCCGCCAGGGAUACAGUGCACCUCCAGCCAGCACUCCACCACCAGGAGCCGCUAACCCAUAUGCCCGCAACCGCCCCCCAUACGGUCAGGGCUACACUCAGCCUGGUCCUGGAUACCGGUAAAGGAGGAUAGCUGAUGCUACUGAUCCUCACACACCCUGUAAUCUUUACCCUCUAUGUGGCUCCAGCUGUUUGGAGUGGAUGCAGGAAACACAGUUUACUGCUCUACAUUCCCAUCUCUAAUGAAUAUCAUGUCCAAAUAUGACACAAGCAACACCCUCUCUACCCCGCCUUGUCUGGUCUGACGGUUAGUGUUCGUAUGGUGUCUGUUCAACACACCACUGUGUUCUGACCCUUUUUUUUUUUUUUUUUGCUCUUUCUGUUUUUGUUGACUACCCUCACGUAGCUGUUAUCAUAAUGUCACGUCUGUAUGCACUGGGGCUGUCACUAAUUAUAGCUACUUUAAAUUCGAGUUUUGAAAACCAUUUGAAGUGCAACUCUCAUCUGUUUGAGUAGGAACACUGUUGCUCCUGCUUGUUUAUGGGUUAAAAAAAAAAAAUCAAACUUACUUUGGCACACCUGACUUAAAGCUAGCAUGUUGUUCUACUCUCUGUCAGCGAGCCACCUGUGGGUAGAUGCAUAUGAAAACACCUUUUCUCUUUAGUGUAGCUGGAUAUAUAUUAAUUCAUCUGUGCCUGUGUGUCCUAACUCACUCUACAAAACUCCACCAGGAGCUAGUAUGUUGUUCUUCUGUGAAAAGAUAAAUAAACCUUGUGGGGACAUAAAAAAACUACAAAAAACAACAUAUUUGCAGUUUCAAAAUCAUAAUGCAUACGAAAAAGGCUGCUUAUUAAACAUACUGUUCUUGCUAGCUGGCAACUAAUCCCUCACUAAACAGUGCAAGCAAAUGGAUGCUCUUAUUUGUCUUUCUGUUUUAGUAGUGAACUAGUAGUGAAGGACAAGCCAGAAGAACGUUGUGUGAAUCAGAGAGGGAAUUUUGUAAGAAGGUCUAGCGAGUCAUGUAAAAUGAGUAAGGCUUGAUUUUGUGAAAGGUGGCAGCCCCAGUCUGCACACAGAUGGAAAGUCAAAACAAAGUCAGUCUGUUGUUUAUUGUUGUUUUCAUGGUAACACUUGUGAGUGAGCUCAGAAUCCACAGUCUGCUUUGUCAGCAAUGAACCAUCUCCAACUUCUGCAUUCAGUUUACGGUGCAUUUGUGCAUUUUUAAGACACUAUGUAAAAGCAAAUCUACCCCCUCUUUAUUUGAUCAGUUCUUCCACCAUGUCGGUAUUAAUGCUGUGUUAGUAAAAUUGCGUCAUUUUAGGAACACUAGCUAGGCGGGUGGUUCAGAUCCCAGUGUGAUGGAGGUUUUCUUUUGUUUAGCUUGUUUUAUCACCUCUAAAAAAAGCCUGUUAUUUUUCUUUUCUCUGUCACUGGUUUUUACUAAUAUAUAUCAAAUUCCACCUUCAGAAGAGAUUAGUUGUUUAUGUAUAAACUGUAACAUUUUUUCUUGAACCUAAUAAAUGAUUGAGACCCUGCUGGA